AUUAGCGCGCUGACCAGAUUAGUCGCUACUAUGGAUGGCGGGGACAUGUGUUAUGAUACCAUUUUGGUAGAUGUAUUGGGUUGCAAAGUAGUGAAACCCACCUUAUGAUUAAACUUUUAAGUUUUGUUCUGUGGCUCUUACUGUCGUCCACAGAUCAAAUAUUUACAGAAUUAAUAGGUUAAUCUGUCAAACUAACAGAUAUAUCUGUUGAAAUAAUUUUGAUAGUAUACUAUCAAAAUUAUUUCAAGCUAGACAGAGCGUGCGGCUCUCGUAUUAGAUGUCUUCGAAGCUGGUACUUGGAGGGAACAAAUUCGGAUUGCAAGACUAUUUUAAUUUGCUAUUUUCACUGAUUUAAAACUUUGGUUUGCUAAUGUUGACGAAUCGUCUGUGCUUCGCUGCUAUCGGAGUUAUUCCGUUAAUUUUAGUCACAUUUUUCCUUGUCUUCGAUGUGUGCGGUGAACACUGUCACAAUGACGUCUUUUUGCAGGCUAAACUUGGUAAACUCUCUUAUGCUAGAUGGGUGAAUACGUCAAUUACUUUAAUCUGCUCUGGAAAAGAAUUUACAAGCGUUAUGUGGUAUUCUGUGCGGAAGGUUUACAAAAUGGCUAUUGGAUGUCUUAAAAACGAACAUAGGCAGUUACAUUUAGAUUGGUUUCCUAAUGUUCCUGAAAUAAUUGCAACUUACGUAUCAUAUGAAAAACAAAUUCGUCAAGUGUGUAUAUUUUCGUUAUCAAACGGAAUUCUAACUUCCAGGGUUUUAGUAGAAGAACUAAAUGAUCAAUCAGUUGAUAUGGCGCUAACUACGACAGUAUAUUUUCUACCAAAUUCAAUAAUUACUAAUGUAUUUUUUAUCUGCAAACAGGGUGAAGUGCGAAACGGAACUUGUCAUAGUCGAUUGGGUAACGGCACAUUUUAUAAUGGUGAAAAAAACAUAUAUACAAACAACGAAUUUUAUAAAAUAACCGAUAAAGUUGUUCCUACACAUAUGGGAAAACACGAAUGUUUCGCGAAAAUCAAUGGGACCUAUUACGUUGUAUCAGUUAUUUUCUCAAACAUAAGUAACUGGGUGUAUCCGGAUUCAGUCUCUUAUCGGUUCAUGGGUGAAAAAAUGUGUGGGUCAGAUAUGUGCAUUGAGGCUGCUAAUCAAGGCUACAUGCUGUGUGAUGCCGGGAUCCAUGAUUGCUACGUAGUGAAUAACUCUUAUCGGUGUAAGAAAGGAGUUCCACUAAUAGAUUCCUGUGAGUAUUUGGCUAAAGAUUUAAAUUGGUCUUGUCCACAUGUCUCCGGAAAUUCCCCUGAAAUAGCCGAUUACGGACGGACUCUGCAUAGUGUUUCCUACAACGCCAAAACUCUGUAUCGCAUAAAUCCAGAUUAUAUUUUGAAUUUCACUUCUAAAUUCACUGACUAUGAGAUCAGACAACAGCUUGCUCGCAACAGUGUUUCUGAACGUCGUUCAAUUGCCAGUCAGUUACUUGACAGCAUGAGGUUUGCAUUAGAUAUGUCUCCAACCAUUGUUGCAUCCGGUUAUAAUCGGUCUACAAACUCUACUGCGAAUUCAGAAUUUCUGUCGACUUCAGCUUCCAAAAAACUGCAAACAGUCUCCGUAUUUCUCCAUUUAAUCGCGGAGAUCGCCCGCCAAACCCCCUCUGUUAUCGAUUUAUUAAGAUCCGGCAAAGAAACUGAAAAGAGUUUACGGUUUUGGCAUUUAUCUUCAGAUACAGGCAAUAUAACAAUGAAUAGUUCGCAAGGGAAGGUGAUCAAGUUUUCCAUUAAACCAAAGCAAUCAGAAAUGCAUGAUACAUUCAUCGCCGUGAUCCCAGCUGCCAACUUUCCAGGAGUUCUUCUGACACAACUAGACAAUAUCAAAAAAGUGACAACACCUUCCUUAGACUCAGAUGUUGUAUUGGUCGACACCAACAACGGUCUAUCAUUCACUCUGUCUGUGGAUUUAUCUCAGAAUUCGAAUAUCACUGUAUCAUGUGAACAACUAAAACAGAAUCCCGAAUUUAAAGAACUGUGGAAUGAUGGAAAUUGCAAAACAAUUGUUGUCGGUUCUGAUUUUGAAUGCCAAUGUCUUCCAGCUCAGGGUGGAACAUUCGCGAUCGCUUUGGUUUACUGGUUAGGAUCAUCACAUAUUCCAUUGACACAUGUGUACUCCAUAAGUAUUGUUAAUUAUAUUUUUACUUUCGUAACUAUUGUCGCUUUAUUCCUGUUUUUAAUAUUCACCCGUUUCAUUGGAGUUUUUCGAUUGGAUCAAUUCAACAUAGCGUUUUGCUUAAUGGUUAGCGCAAUUGUCUCUUUGGCGAUUCCACAUACAACUGACAGACAACCAAUUUUGUGCACUAUCAUCGCUGUUGCUGUUUGCUAUUUUCCGUUGGCUGCUUUUUCAUGGAAAUUUAUAUUUGGGUUGAAUACAUUAAUCUUAAUCAUUGCACCACAUUCUCGAUACCAUGACCUUGUUUCUAAACCGAAAAAUUGUUUGCCACUAGUUUGGAUAGGUUAUUUGAGUCCUGCAAUUAUUAUUGGUACAUGGUUUGGCUACACAGGAGAAGUUAGUAACAGUGGUCUCUGCAUUGGUCCCAAAACUCUCCGUUGGUCUUUUGUUGGUCCAAUAACAACAGUUGUUACUUUUAACUUCGUUAUUUUGUUUGUAGUUGGUCUCGUUCUUCUCAGAAAUUAUCUUGUUACUCGCAAAAGUAAACUAAAUAAAACAACACACUUUUUAGUGCUGACGCAGUUGAUGCUAACGUUAGGAAUUCCAUACAUUGCAAUUUAUAUUCAGCUAUUGGACGCUUUCACUAUGCUAAUCGUUGUACCAGUUGCAAUGGCUCUAACAGCUGUACUUAUGUUUCUUCUAGUCGCCGUUUUUGAUGAGGAAAAUCGUCAUUUACUACGAUCCUUUAUUUACAAACACAUCGCACGUUCAAGUGAGUACAGCUCUGGGACAAUGGCAUUGAGAAAUCUAUGCAGGGGAGAAUUAGAGUCAAAGUUUAAAAAAUCUCCUCUCCAUCAUAUGGAGCGGGAUCACUUUUCGUCAAAUUACUUAAGCACACACGCUUUACGCAACCCAGAUAACGGAAAAAGUGCCUAUCAACAUGAUAACACAAUUAGAAGGAAAACACAAGAAUAUAGUUCAAGUAUUGCCUCACCUGAAACUGGUAAUUCAGUUGUACUUUGCGAUUCGAGACAACUAAAUGGGGAGUUAUUUAAUGACAUUUCUUCCACUGAAGAAGAUCACACAGUCGAAAAUAUAAAGAAUGAAGGUGAUGUCAAUCUUGGUUUUCCAAAUAAUCGUUCACAUGUUUUACCAUCUUUCAACAGUCUAGUCACUCGGAUGUAAGUAUUCACAAUAUGUACGUGAAAACAAAUCGGUUGUCCAUUUUAACAACCAUCAAAUUGUUUCUAUUCAAAACAGAUUUAUUCGUGAAAGCGAAGAUCACCGGUUUCUAUUAGUUCAUAUCUUACUUUUAACCAAUAACGAAACCUUCACUUGUACGUCAUAAUUUUUUAAUGUUUUCUUUCUAAAACCUCAGCAUUUUAAGUGGGUAUAUUUCAUUUGUUUGCUAUUUCCGUGUUUAUGCGCACAGGAUGAAGUUCAAUUUUUAAAGCACUAGAAAUUGAUUUUAUAGAUUUUUCCACUUACUGUUGUAUUGUUUGUAUAUAUUAUUUCUCAAUGUAUUGAGCUAAUCUGCGUAAUCUCUACUUCACAUCAAACUGAAUUUUCGAAAUUAAUAAUUUGCCACAUAAUGCAUGCACAAAUAGGUUAAUUUUGAUUUCUUAAAACAUUUAUCGUUUGCAUAAUUUAUUAUGAUUAGCAAUUACAUAUACCUUCUUUGCCACACUAUCGUUACUGCAUUCUUAUAAAAUUUCUUAGGUACUCGGUAUAUCAAUAAACACACAAACCGAAAUUCCCCAAGGCUUGACUGGAUUUACAACUGUUUCUAGUAACUGUGACACUAACUUAUACGAGUAGGAAACAUUGAAAUAACAUCUCAAGGUUUAUUCGGAUCAAUAAAAAAUAGAUAUUUCAGAUUCUUUUCCCUCUGGAAACCCAAUGCACUUUCUCUUUAGUUCAAACAGAGGCUCAUUUCUUGAAAGUGAGGCUAAGUACCAUGUAGUAUUUUGUAAAUGCAAAGCGUGAGGAAAACAAAAUAAAUCAGUGUCUUUCUAAAUAAAUAUUCAAACUUAAGUUUGUUUUACAUUCAUAAAUCAAAAUUAACAGUCCAAAAUAUAAACGGUUUGUUUGUAAAUCCCACGAAUCAAAUAAGCGGUGGAACGUCUGAACAGUCUUCAAUAUAUUCGUUGUACAUUCUUGGGGUCGUCGAUUGUUUUUUGAUGUGAAGAAGCGAUUUCUUACAUUUUGAUGAAUUGUUUCCAGAGAGUUCACUAAUAGUAGCGUUUGGCUUAUUAAAAUCCUGAACAAAAAUAUGAUUUCUGAAAGUUCAACAAGGCAAAAAUAGUGACAAAUUUUUAGACGGAGAAGCGAUUGCAACAAUAAUAGAAAUACUACAACAAAAACAAUCCUUGUAUUCAAUUAUUUCUAGAUUUAAAAGGAUUCAGGUUUGAAAAGACAUUAUCUAAAUUUAUCACCUAUGCAAAUGAAUAUAAAGCGAAUGGAAGCCAAACGCAACAAUUGAAAUUACGCAAAUUUAUCAAAAACGUUGUGGGAUAAUUACAAAAACAUUUUACGUAUACAACCUACGUUUUGUUGGUUUUUUCGUGAGAACUUUUAUGUUCAUUAUUUGCCGAUAUUCUGAUUUCCUGAGAUGCCUGUGUAUAAAUUUAGUGAAAAUAUUAUUAACAUACCUUACUGUUGAUAAUUUACAGCUAUUGGUUAAAAAUAAAUAAACAGCCUUCAUUCUGUGUUAAAAGUGGUAAAUCAAUCUUCAUCGAUGGAUAUCGGUCUAUUUCCAAUAUUGUUAUAAAAUUAGGAAUUCUUACAGUUAAGGCACUCAUCUUUAAAAGAUUUCUCAUACGUUUAUAUGAAGAUUGUCA